GUCGCUGAAUGUUCUAAAUUUCGAAUACCUGUGACUGUAGUAGAUUCUCGAGUUCUAAGAUGGUCUUAACAUCCACCAUCUUGCACAGCAACCAUCAAUCUGAACAAUUUCAGCUCCGCCCCCCUACCUAACGUCGGUCCUCUCUUUCCAACCGCUUAGAUCAGCAUAACCAUUAUCAAAAUCCACCUUGUGUCGGAAGCGAAUCGGUAUGUUCUAUAGCCCCCGGGGGCAUUUACGGACAUCCGCAACACGUCGACCAACUUCACAACUUUGGGGGCCAUCAAAGCUGUCUCAAAAAAUCACAUGUCUUCUUAGCUCACGAGUGUCUACAACAAAUCAUUCCUUGGCUGAGAUAUCAGGAAAACUUCACGAUGCCUCAGGAACAGACCCACCGAGUACGCCACGCAUCGCGGAUAUUGUAAUGGGAAUAGAGGGCUGUGGUGUUACCAUUGAACGUGGAAAGCUGAAAAUAACAUCAAGCGAGCGCAGUCGCCGAGGCCAUAGAACAGCACUCAUACUUUCGGGAGCGAGUCAAUCUUUGGCUUCGUAUGACUUUCGUAGGAUGCUAGCAUCUAAAGACUAUAGCUCCAAUGGGCUAGAAGAAGGUGUAUCCAUUCAUACGAGGAUAGAACGUGCGAAUUGCUUUGACUAAUAAGAGUUCAGUCCUACCUAUACGAAAUCGUCAAACGCUGCAACGCUCCGAUUCUUGGCUGCUAAUCUUUACCUCUCCGGCCUA